UGCACGGUAGGAGAAGAAAUUCCAGCAGGCGGAGCCACCCGGUCUUCGCCGCAGCCGCAGCCGGAGAUCAGGGCCAACCGCUAUGUUUUCGCGGCGGCGACUCCGUACCCUCAGUCUCAGUCGCAGUACCCUAAUCAUCAUCCUAACGCUCCUCCGCCCCCUUACCAGUACCCCGGUUAUUACCCGCCUCCCCAGCCCGCGGCGAUGCCGAUGCCGAUGCCCCUCCCGGCUCCCUACGACCACCACCACGCGGCGGCGCAUGCCAAUUGGGCUAACGGUCGGUACCCCUACCCCAUGAUGCCGCCUGCGCCUGCUCCGGCUCCGUACGUCGAGCAUCAGAAGGCGGUCACGAUUCGGAACGAUGUUAAUUUGAAGAAGGAAACGUUGCGAAUCGAUCCGGACGAGGAGAAUCCGGGAAAGCAUCUCGUCUCUUUCACCUUUGACGCCACGGUGGCGGGAAGGUAUAACAGGGUUUUCUUUGCGAAAGAGGGCGAAGAUUGUUGCUUGACCCCAACAAAAGAAAACUUACAUCCACCAAUCGUAGUGCAAUUCGAACAAGGUUUAGCUCAGAAGUUUAAGCAACCUUCCGGAACUGGGAUCGACCUUUCGAUGUUUGAAGAUGGAGAAUUGUCGAAAGAAUUGGACAUGGAUGUUUACCCUCUUGCAGUUAAGGCAGAGGCGUCUCCUGAUAACCAGAACGAAAGCUCCGACAGCGGGUCCACAAAUUCCCAAAUAACUCAGGCUGUGUUUGAGAAGGAUAAAGGUGAAUAUCAGCUUAGGGUGGUGAAGCAAAUUUUGUGGGUGAAUGGAAUGAGGUACGAGUUACAAGAGAUAUAUGGUAUCGGGAAUUCUGUAGAGGGUGAAUUUGAUGCAAACGACCCUGGAAAAGAAUGUGUUAUUUGCCUUUCUGAACCACGAGAUACUACUGUUCUCCCGUGUCGACAUAUGUGCAUGUGCAGCGAGUGUGCAAAAGUUUUGAGGUUCCAAACAAACAGGUGUCCGAUAUGCAGACAGCCGGUUGAGCGACUUUUAGAGAUCAAGGUCAGCAGUGGUGGUGAUGAAUGAAUGAUCAAAACUUUGCUGAUGAUGAAUGACUGGGGGUUUUUCUGUAAAGUUUUUGUUUAAUCUACUUUUUUUUUUCUUUUUUUAAUUUACUUGCAUUUGUUUGUUGGUUUGUUUUCUUGUUCUCUUCUUCUUUACCCGUGCUCUCGUUGCCCUGUACUUCCCAAGCUUCAAUAACCAGACUGGAAGCCUCGUUGGUGGGCAAAAAUACAUCUGUAGUACACUAUGAUCUUAUCUUCUUCUCUCGCUCUCUCUCUUUUUCUUUUUCUUUUUCUUUUUUAUAAUUUAUUUUAGUGGAUAUGUUGUAGCUUAUCAAUUCAUUUGAAGAAUGGUUUUGAGAAGCAGUAUUGAUAAUAGAGCCGUUGAAUUCUCGAUAUAUUAUAUUUUCUUCGUGUA